GUUUCUCACUCUGAGGACAAGGUUCCUCACUCUGAGGACAAGGUUCCUCACUCGGAGGACAAAGUUCCUCACUCUGAGGACAAGGUUCGUCACUCUGAGAACAAGGUUCCUCACUCUGAGAACAAGGUUCCUCACUUUGAGGAGAAGAUUCCUCACUCUGAGGACAAGGUUCCUCACUUUGAGGACAAGGUUCCUCACUCUGAGAACAAGGUUCCUCACUCUGAGGACAAGGUUUCUCACUCUGAAGGCAGGUUCCUCACUCUGAGCACAAGGUUCCUCACACUGAGGACAAGGUUCUUCACUCUGAGGACAUGGUUCCUCACUCUGAGGACAAGGUUCCGCAAUGUGAGGACAAGGUUCCUCACACUGAGGACAAGGUUCCUCACUCUGAGAACAAGGUUCCUCACCCUGAGGACAAGGUUCCUCACACUGACGACAAGGUUCCUCACUCUGUGA